AUGUACAAUAGUUUUUGGGGCAAUAUCGAUCCCCUGUCACCACCCACCGCUGUCAUCUCCACCCAUCGUCACUGUCGCCGCCACCACCCACCACUACCGCCACAACCUGCCACUGUCGCCACCACCCACCAGUCGCUGCAACCCGCCACCGACUCUGUCGCCACCCCGACGGUCACCACUAUCGCCACCACUCCGCUACCAACCGCCGCCGACAUCCACCACCACCUCCAUUGCCACUCGUCGCCGCUACCACACACCACCGUCACCGCCAUUGCCACUCGCCGCGGCCACCACCCACCGCUGCCGCCCCACCACCUAGCUACUGCCCCAACACCAACCACCACCGUCACUGCCACCCAUCACCACCGUCGUUGCCACCCACUAUUGCCUCAGGCGCCACCAAGAACCACUGACGGCCACCACUGCCACGCCCACCACCGCUACUCGUCGCCGCCACCACCCACCACCGCCACCUCUCACCAGCCACAAUCACCGCCACCGACCACCACCACCACUCACCGCAAAUUUUAUUCCCUUGUUUUUCUUGCCUACCAAAGAAUACACGGUAAUACUUUAUUUCAUUCUCAUAUGGUAACCAAACACGAAAUGGAAUGGUAA